AUAAGUACUUACAAGUUAAAUGAAAAAAAAAAAUUCGGGAAAACUCAGAUACAAUGAGCUGUCUAACGGACCACACAGUAUAAAUUGUUGAAAUUGUGUGCGUAGAACUCACUUUGUUACUUUCAUUGUGGUCUGCAGUUCUAUUGGGUUUAGAAGAGUCGAACAAGUUCUGCGUUGGAGAUAGUGACGCUAGAAUAGUUUACACAGACGAGUUGCCAUUUAGGCUAUACAAUUGACGGAGUUUAAUUUUUUUUUAUUUUUAUUUCCUCAAUCGGAACUUAUAAGUUCUUAAAAUUUGGCAUAAUUUUCAAAUAUUGCUUUAGAUUAAGCAUUAGGUUUUAAACAUCGUGAACAUGGAUGUUAUUGACUUUCACGAGAUAUGUGAGAUCUUCAAAAAGAAAAAUAACAUUGUUGGUUUAACAGAUCUGAAAGAUGUGAAACUGCACGUCAAAGGUGAAGUUAAAUGUAAGAAAACUCAACUCAUGGCACAACAAGAGGAUAUGUCAAACGAACAAAACAUUUUACAGCUCGCAAAAGAAGCCGAAUGCUACAGAAGCAUUCAAAUCAUUACGGGAAAAGUAAAAGGUGUUACCAAGAAGCUACAUCUAGAACUGCCUGACAUCAAGGGUAACCUGGAAAUAGAUCCUGGCUGUGAGUUCUGUAGUUAUCAGGACACUAUCGAUAUAGAGGUGAGGGCUGACUGCAAGAGAUCUGACAAGAGGUCAACGCCUGUGGUCACUGUGCAGGAUCCUGUGAAAAGACACAAGUAUGAAUUCAGCUGUGAAGUUGUUUGUGAAGGCAAAGUUCUAUUUGUGUUGGCCAAUGGCUCAGAGUCUGUCCUUAUAGAGGAAAUAAUGAGAGAGGUCAACCCAAGUCUUGUCAGACCCGUUGGUAAAAAGGUUGAAGUGUUCUGGACAAUGACCGGUGAAUACUGCUCCAGUGGGAAGUAUGUGCAGAAUAUUAGAAUAGAAUGAAUCAUAUUCAUCAUCCAGUUGAGCUAAAACCCUAUUCUAGCUCAGUAACAGUGCAUUUUAAACAUUUAAAAUGAUUUGGAUUAAUGCCACGGUCAAAGCUAAUUUUUUGAAAAAAAAUUUUAAACAUUUUGUUUAUUUGCUUAAUUUUUUAAACGAUAAGAAUAUAUUUAUUUUCACCUUAAAUUGAUUUUGUGUACUUUAUUAAUAAUAAGUAUUAAGGACUAAUUGGGCUAAUUUGUUUACUUAAAACUGUUAAACAUUUACAAGAAUAGUAUCAGAGAUACAAACGUAUUUUUAAAGUCAGUCUGAAAUACAAUUAUGAAAACAAAGUUCUUUUUCAGUAAGUUGUUUUCUAGAAAUAAACAUGCGUUUUUAUAAAAACUUAAAUUAAAACUUAAAAUGUAUACAUACACACAAAAUUAGAUAUACAAAAUUUCUUAAUUUUUAUCUUACACCAUUUCAUAAAUAACUGGUUUGAACUUAAUUUAGCCUGAGGUAUAAAAAGACCCAACUUUAUGGGUGUAUUGUCUCAUUUUCUUUUUUAGAAUUUGAGAAAAAAAAAUUAAAUGUAUUAUGUUAUAAACUUUAUUACAUAGCAUUUCAUUUUUCUUUUGUAUACAGAAUGUUCAUUUUUAAAAUUCAUUAUUACUUUCUUACAUUUUAAGGCAGCUUUGUUUGAUCAUAUUGAUAUUACUGAUAUAAUUACAUUUUAU